AUUGACAGCAUGGAUAUCGUAAAUUCAAUUUUAGAAAAGUACACACAGAAAAAAGAUACCUGUAAAUCCACAAUAGUAAAUAAAGAUGUAGAAGUCGAAACAGACGUAGGAAGUCUUUUAGUGUUAGAUUUUAAUAGUGUGAAUUUAAAAGUAAUGAGAUCACAAUCUGAACAAUAUCUAAAAAGUUUAACCAGAGAUAAUGUACAAAUAUUGAUUAAUAAAAUUUGGGAACUUCCAACAGAACGUAUUGAUGAAGUAAUAGUAGCAAAAUUACCCAAACAAGAAUUUGUAUUACCACGAUCUCGUCAGAUUCCAAAACCAAAGCCUUUAACAAAAUGGCAACAGUUUGCUAAAGAAAAAGGUAUCAAAUCCAAACAAAAAAAUAAAUCCAAGCUUAAAUGGGAUGAAGAAUUACAGAAAUGGUUACCUACAUUUGGUUAUAAACAUAACAAAGCUAUGGAGCAAAAAGAAUGGUUAGUAGAAGUUAAUGAUGAAGGUAAAGCCAUGGAAGAUCCAUUUGCAGCUGCAAAAGAAGCAAAAGAAGAAAGAAAAUCUAAGAAUGAACUCCAGAGAUUGCGUAAUAUUGCCAAGACAAAAAAUAUAAAAAUUCCAAAAGUGGGACUUCCUACCAGAGAACAUUUUUCUGAUUCACAACAACUUUCACAAGCUAUGACUAUUGCACGUACAUCAACAGCAUCAGUUGGUAAAUUUCAAGACAGAUUGCCAAAAGAAAAAGAUGCAAAAGGUAUUGCCAAACAAGUUCCUGGUAUGAAAAGAAAAGCUGAAAAAAUUCCACAAAAUUUACAAGAAGAAAAAAGACGGAAUACAGAUCUGGCAGAUAGUAUUCUGAAAAGUAAUAUGAAGAUUCUUCGUAAAGACUUCUCUGUACCAAAAAUAAAGCCAGUCAAAGCAGGCAGGGAAAAAGGUAAGAAAGGAACAAAAAUUAAAGGAGCAAAGAAACCAAAAGCAGGUAAAGGACAACGAAAUAUGAAGCUUAAAGUUGGUGGUAGAAAGCGAAGAUAA